AUGAUUAAUGCCUUCCUGGUCUUCAAUGGCCAAGGUCAGCCUCGCCUGACCAAAUUCUACACCCAGCUGGAAACGAGCAUCCAGCAGCGCCUCAUCUCCGAGAUCUUCACCCUCGUCUCCAACCGUCCCGCAGGGUCCUGCAACUUCCUCCCGCUGCCACCCCUGCUCGCUGCUUCGGGCACCUCCCACACUUCCUCGGAGGAGCAGAACGAUGUCCCCUCCCUAGUCACCUACCGUCACUAUGCGACGCUCUUCUUCAUCGUCAUUUCGACCUCGACCGAGUCCCCCCUGGCCCUCAUCGACCUGAUCCAGGUCUACGUCGAGGCGCUCGACAAGCUCUUCGAGAACGUGUGCGAACUCGACCUGAUCUUCAACUUUGAGACGCUACAUUCUACGUUGUCGGAAAUGAUUAUAGGAGGCGUUGUGAUAGAGACCAAUUUAGAGCGCAUCGUGUCUGGGGUUAAGGCGCAGGGAACUGUCGCUAAGCGGCCGGUCAAUGAGGGACGGGGGCCGUCAGGUCUAGGAUCAGGCCUGGGUAUGGGCGCCAACUUUGCCUGGUCCGGGAGGUGA